GUCGAGGUCAUAUUACAUGUAGAGUGAAGUAUGUCACCAUAAUAACGAUAGCCUUUUAAAACACCUCUUUUUUUUUCUUCACACCUUUCUUCAUUCUUUUCUUCACCGCUAUUACCAUUGCCAUUCUUGCCGCUAUCUCCUAGUUACUCAUUCACUCUCUAUCUCUUUCUUUCUCACAAAGGCUCCACGCAAACUCAUACAUCCCACUCUCCCACCACAAGCACACACACACACCCCACACAUCCCAGAACAAAUAAUGAGCCCCAGACCACAAGCCCUUUUCAGUUCCUCCCUCAUCUCCCCCGAGGUUCAGGCCCAGCUCCCCGAGGGCUACCUGAUGCGCCCACUCGAGAUCACAGAUUACGCCAAAGGCUACUAUGACUGUCUGGCAGGCCUGACCGUCGUCGGCAAGGUCUCUGAACAGUCCUUCUGUGAGGCCUUCGAGGCCAUGCUCCGUUGCCGGACUGUGUAUCAUGUGGUCGUGAUCGAAGAGCUUGCAAAGAGUCGGAUUGUUGCCACAGGAACCUUGAUCGUCGAACAAAAGUUCUUGAGAGGAUGUGCAAAGGCUGGACAUAUCGAGGACAUUGUCGUACACGAUUCCCAGCGCGGAAAGAAGUUUGGCAUCAGACUGAUCGACCAGCUGCGACACAUCGGUGCGACCGUCGGCUGCUACAAACUACUCCUCACCUGCUCCGAAUCCAAUGAAGCCUUCUACGAGAAGUCGGGCUUCCACCGCAAGGACCUCCACAUGUCCCUCUACUUCAACCAGCAGCAGCCACAGCCACAACCCUCACAGGAAGUGAUCCAGGCCUUCUCACUCUCCACAACAUCCAACGCCACCACUACUACCGCCACCACCACCACCAGUAUCUCCAACACACCAAAGCAAUACAUGGCCAUGCCUGCUUCAGAACCCAUCUGCAACACAACAAACGUGGACUGCAGUCUCCUCGAAAACACACUCGUAGCCAUCACCACCAGCUCCAGCUCCAGCUCCAACAGCUUCAACAGCACCACCAGUCACGGCAGCAAAGGACCCGCGUCAGCACCCGCGCCAGCAUCCGCAUCCGCAUCCGCAUCCGUGUCAGCAUCAGCAUCGCCAUUAUCGUCCUCCAAAUCUAUAAACGGCCAUGGUGUGCCCCUGGAGGCACUAGGCGCCUCCAUGGAAUCCAUCUACGUCAAGUAGAAACAAACACCCCUCCCCUCCUCUUCCGCCCCCCCCCC